GGGACUUACGACAUAACUGCUUCCGGGCCGUAGGGUGACCUUGAGCCCUCAAAAGCGAAAUGGCGGUUCUCUUAAAGCUGGGCGUUCUCUGCAGUGGCCAAGGAGCUCGAGCUCUGUCACUCCGAAGCCGGGCGGUCAGACCUGCUUUUGUGUCCGCAUUUCUCCAGGACCAGCCUACCCCAGGAUGGCGUGGCACCCAGCACAUCCACCUGUCACCAAGCCACCAGUCUGGUUCCAAGGCCGCAUCUCUCCACUGGACCAGUGAGAGGGUUGUCAGUGUUUUGCUCUUGGGCCUGAUUCCAGCUGGGUACUUGAAUCCCUGCUCUGUGGUGGACUACUCUCUGGCUGCAGCCCUCACCCUGCACAGUCACUGGGGCAUUGGACAAGUGGUUACUGACUACGUUCAUGGGGACGCACUGCAGAAGGCUACCAAGGCAGGCCUCUUGGCAGUCUCAGCUUUGACCUUUGCUGGGCUUUGCUACUUCAAUUACCACGAUGUAGGCAUCUGCAGAGCGGUUGCCAUGCUGUGGAAGCUCUGACCUCUUGGUGUAGCACUUUGAUUGUAUGCCUCCUUGCCUCUGCUUUAUCAAUGCUGUUCACCUCACAAUGAGGAGGGAUGAAGAAUAAAUCCGUUGGUGGGCAGAAUGUCUUGUAAUUACAUGGCUAUUUUCAGAAUUUAUUUGUUGAGGAAUUAGGUUCACUCAUUCGUGAGUCUGAGUUCCAUUGUCACUGAGUCUGGUCGCCAGCUCAUGUGACUCAUGGUGUAACUGAACAUUUCAUAAGCUCAUGUUGCCUUUGAUCACUGUUUCUUAAGGAGAGCCAGCUAAUUGCUGUCAGGAUAAGAGUAGACUUCUCUCCUCAGACUGGGAGGGAGGACUGUUCAUUCGUGAGUCAGAGUUUGCAUGAAAUUGAACAGUAUUCUGUUUGGAACCUUCCACUCUUGUUCAGGUGGCCCCAGCUGUUGGUGGCUCUGUUUCUAGGGGACUUUUAAUCAGGAGAUGCCCUCAAUUACUGAUGUUUUUAAGUCUUAGGAAGGAAAUUGAGGAAAGUUAGAUUUCGGGAAGUUCAAUUUAGGGAGCUCUCCUUUGUAGAAGGGUUCAAAUAUGACAGAUCGCAAACAGACUUACUCUUCAAAUGUCUCUCACUUGUGCAGGAAUGAGCUGUCCAAAAAAAGUAAGACUAAGUAAUAAACUGUCUUCCCACCGUGGGAGUUGUCAAUGAGAAAGUGUACUCUGGAAAAGCAAAAUUUUUAAAUAAAAUAUUAUAUAAUGAUUAUACAUUGCACUCUUUAA